AUGAGGCCGGAAGCAGGCAGCUGCAGGAAGGGCGGAGGCCAGCUCCUAUCGGGGAUAAACACAUUUCUGAGCAAAGUGAAAAUGAAACUUACUUUCUUAUUUCUCGUAGGUGCCAUGGCCUCGAGAAGCCGGGUAAAAGAUCUCCAAGAGGCUGUUAUCUGUUCCAUUUGCCUGGCUUAUUUUAACGAUCCGGUGAUUCUCAAGUGCGGGCACAAUUUCUGCCGAUCCUGCAUCACUCAGUACUGCAAGGAGUCCAAAGUCUCCCCCCGGUAUCCCUGCCCUCAGUGCAGAGAACGGUUCCGGGAAGGGGAAUUCCAGCCCAACCGGGAGCUGAGGAAUGUAGUUGAAAUAACCAAAAAAAUCCCAGAGCCAGGGGGGAAGAAAGCGUGUGAAAAACAUGAGGAGCUUUUGAAACUCUUCUGUGAAGUGGAUCAAACCCCCAUCUGUGUGGUGUGCAGAGAGUCCCGCAGUCACAAAGACCACGCUGUGCUUCCUGUUGAUGAGGCUGCUGUGGAUUACCAGGAACAAAUUCGGAGCCGUUUGGAGAUUUUGAAAAAAGAGAGAGACGAGAUUCUGUCGUAUAAAUCGAGUGGGGAAAAUACAAGCCAGGAACUGCUGAAACAGCUGGAAACUGAGAGGCAGAAGAUUGUGGCUGAAUUUCAGCAACUGCGCCAGUUUCUGGAGGAACAAGAGCGACUCCGGCUGGCCCAGUUGGAAGAGCUGAAUCAGGAAAUUGAAAAGGGAAGGGCUGAGUAUGUUGCCAAACUAUCUGAGGAAAUAUCCUCUUUCAGUUCCCUGAUCAGUGAGAUGGAGCAGAAGUGCCAGCUGCCAGCAAGUGAAUUCCUGCAGGACAUCAAAGGCACCUUGAGCAGAUGCGAGAGGGAGAAGUUCAACGACCCAGUGGCCUUUUCUUCAGAACUGAAACGGAGAAUCUGGGAAUCUUCUCAAAGAAAUGCCUCUCUGGAGACCAGAAUGAAGAAAUUCAAAGACUCACUGUCAUCUAGCCAGCAGAUGGACAAAGCGAACGUGACUCUGGAUCCAGACACGGCCCAUCCCGACCUCAUCGUGUCUGCGGAUCGGAAAAGUGUGAGAUGUGGAGACAGAUGGCAGGAUCUGCCCAACAACCCUGAGAGAUUUGACACUGAGCGCUGUGUGCUGGGCUGUCAGGGAUUCACCUCGGGCCGACAUUACUGGGAGGUGGAGGUGGAGGUGGAGGGGGGGGGAUUCUGUUUUGUGGGGGUGGCCAGAGAGUCUGUGAGCAGGAAGGGAGAGAUCAGCUUUAACCCUGAGCAGGGGAUCUGGGCUGUGGAGUGCGAUGAGGAUCAGUACUGGGCUCUCACGUCCCCUGUGCAGCGCAUCCCCUUCCCCCCGAGCCGGGCACCCCACAGGAUCCGGGUUUGUCUGGACUAUGAACGGGGGCGGGUGGCGUUUUUCGAUGCUGGUCGCAGGGACCCGAUCGUCACUUUCCCGCCGGCCUCUUUCGCCGGGGAGAGAAUCCGCCCAUUCUUCUGGGUUGGUGUUGUUAGUGUGCGGCUCCUCUAG